GGCGCUGCCCUCUCAGAGCGCAGGGGCGGUUAAUUGGAUUCGGGACGGAGCGGGGGCACAACAGCCUGCCUCUGGGGCCAAUCGAAGACCUAGAAAGUCCUAUAUGCAAAUAAACCUAUGACGGCUGAACGCACCCCAAGUUAGGAGGAGCGGGGGUUGGGCUUAGUGUUGUCCGGCAGCCAAUGGGAGCUUAACCCUUUGAGGAGGGGGCCAGCAGGUGUGGUUGCGAGCGGUCCGGGCGGCAGAGCCGGGGCAAGACCGGGGAAUAGGAAUCGCGGGCGAACAGCGGCAGCUAUGACUUGUUCCUACCACAUGGGCAAGGACUCGAAAAAGAGCAAAGGCAACUCACAACUCCAGAGGCCGAAUUCAGGGGUGGGCAGGGAUUUCCCCAGAGCCUCCUCCCAGGCUAGGGAGAUGCUUCAGUGCCUGUCUUUGGAAGGUGAGGAAGGAGCAGAUUCAGAAGUGCGAGAAGACAGUUCCCAAGACGAUCUGAAAGAAAUCAUCACCCUGGCUUUCGUGAGCGAGGACACUGGGGUGCACGAGGGGCUUCAGAAUGCCCAGCAGCAAGGCAAGAAGAAGAGGAAGAAAAAGAGAUUGGUGAUCGAUCUCUCCACCUGCCGAUAUGAGAGUGUGCGUAGGGCUGCCCAGAGAUAUGGCCUUCGAGAGGGAGGGGAAACCAAUGACUGGACUCUCUACUGGACGGACUACUCUGUGUCGCUGGAGAGGGUGAUGGAAAUGAAAAGUUACCAGAAAAUCAAUCACUUCCCUGGGAUGAGUGAAAUCUGCCGCAAGGACUUGCUGGCCAGGAAUAUGAGCCGCAUGUUAAAGAUGUUCCCUAGGGAUUUCCACUUUUUCCCUAGGACCUGGUGUCUUCCUGCUGACUGGGGGGAUUUGCAGAACUACAGCAGGUCAAGAAAAAAUAAGACAUACAUUUGUAAGCCGGAUUCGGGCUGCCAAGGGAGAGGUAUAUUCAUCACCCGGACAGUGAAAGAUAUCAAGCCAGGCGAGGAUAAGAUCUGUCAGCUCUAUAUUUCAAAGCCCUUUAUUAUUGAUGGGUUCAAGUUUGACCUCCGGAUUUAUGUUCUGAUGACAUCCUGUGACCCUCUCAGGAUUUUUGCAUACAAGGAAGGACUAGCACGCUUCGCCACCACCUCUUACUCCCACCCCAGCACAGACAACCUGGAUGAGAUCUGCAUGCACCUGACUAAUUAUUCCAUUAAUAAGCACAGUUCCAAUUUCAUUCGAGACGCUCACGCUGGAAGCAAGAGGAAGCUCUCCACCUUUAACAUGUACAUGGAGAACCGUGGCUACAACACAGAGCAGAUCUGGAGAGAUAUUGAGGAUGUCAUCAUCAAGACGAUCAUCUCCGCCCACCCCAUCAUCAAGCAUAACUACCACACCUGCUUCCCCAACCACACACUCAACAGCGCCUGCUUUGAAAUCCUGGGCUUUGACAUCUUGUUGGACCACAAACUCAAGCCGUGGCUGCUGGAGGUCAACCACUCUCCGAGCUUCUCCACUGACUCCUGGCUGGAUAAAGAGGUAAAAGACAGUCUGCUCUAUGACACCUUGGUUCUGAUCAACCUGGGAAGCUGUGACAAAAAGAAAGUCUUGGAGGAAGAGAGACAACGGGGACGAUUCCUACAGCAAUGUCGUUCUCGGGAGAUCAGGAUAGAGGAAGUCAAAGGCUUCCGGGCCAUUCGGUUGGAGAAAAUGGAGAAGUACGAGAAGGAAAACUGUGGGGGGUUCCGUCUGAUUUAUCCUACUCUGAAUUCGGAGAAGUAUGACAAGUUUUUCCAGGAUAACAACUCCCUCUUCCAGAAUACUGUUACCUCCAGGGCUCGGGAGGUAUAUGCCCGGCAACUGAUCCAGAACCUGAGGCUAAAGCAGGAGAAAAAAUCCUUCCAAAUUGGGAAAGAGAAGAACGUGGAGAUGCAGGGGGAGUCGGCAGGCGAGCAAGUGAGAGGCAAGAGCAUGAAGAGCUGCCAACAGAAACCACAGCAGAAAUACAAGGACACCACCCUCACCUCCAAACAAUAUCUCCAGCCAUCGACACUAGUGUGCUGCACCCCUGACUUGCUCUUGAGUGUCAGAGAUGCAAAGAAAAACGAGACGAACAGCAGCCUCGAGCAGGAAACCCCCACCAAAGAGGCCAGCCCUGCUCCCUGCGAGCCGGUAUCUGCAAGGCGGUAUACCUCUGUACCCGACCUGAGGCACUCGAGCCUUCUCUGCGGCCCGGGGCUGGAGCUCAGCAAACCCAUCUCCAGGAUCAAGGAGGUCAAGUCUGCCUCUGCAGUGAACAUACUCACCCACACUGUGCCCUUAACCUCAAUAGAAACCUCCUCAGACUCUGCCACCCAGGUCUCAGACUCCCCAGAGUCUCUGCUGAGCAGGACCGGGACAACCAGCUCUGAAUGCAGCAGCCCCGAGAUGGAUAAGGCGGUCUCCCUUAAAUACAAGCACCACUACACUCCCCAGCACCUCAUCCAGGGUAAAAUAGCAAAAAUUUCUCUUCCAACCAAAUCCCAGACCUUCUUAGGAAGUCUGAACCGAAAGCGGACUUCACUGAAGAACGACAGGAGGAAGCAGCAUCUGAUGUCAGAGCUCUUCACCAAGGUUCAACCGAGGGAGAAACUUUCCCUGUUCCCAGCUUACUACAACCCGAAGCUGAUGCUGAAUAGCAAGUCACAAAACCGCUCCCCGCCCUGGGAGGGCUACUUCAGCAGCCGGAGCUCUGGUGAGAAGAAACAGCUGCGUGUGUCCUCCGUGCUCCUCCUGAAUGAUCCUCCCAGCCCUGACGUGUCUCUGAAUGAUCUGCUGGUGGUUGCCACCCCGGCCCGACUGGAUCCCAGGCCUGGCAGGAGCCAUAGUGGCGCCAUGAGAGGCCCGUGUGUGCAGGAGCAGGAAGCAUACAGCCACGGCCUGAUCUCUGGCCAGAAAGGAUGUGAGAGGGACUAGAAUCAUACUGGAUCUCUGCCAUUUCUCCCUCUUUCUACCUCUUAUUCCCAGGAAAAGAUUUAUCUUUUUUUAAAGUGUCUACAAUGUCCAUAGAAUCAACUGAAAGUUUUAUUUCCUCAUCUAGAUAACCUGGUCUUAUAACUUCCCAUUAACACCACUGGGCCAACAGCCUUGUGUUUUAUACCCUCCCAGUUAGUGCUGUAGGCCCAUGACUUCUGAGACGUAUCGGUGCUACUCCAGGACACACCCCAGUUGCCCCACUAGUGGCAUUCCUUUGGGUCCCUCAGAUGACACUAUCAUCCAGAACACUCCCCCCAGAUAGAGCAAUAUGAACGGAGGACUGUUUCAGAGAGGAACUCAAAGUUUCCAGGAAUCUAAAGCCCUCAGUCUACCAACAGGUCUGUGUCAGUAGGUUUUCAACUCCAAAGAGAAAAGACAGAGAAAGGGCAAGGCUUGAUGGAAGAUUCUGAACCCUGAGUAAGAGAAUUGAGGCAGGUAUAACUUUACCAGGUACAGACCAGACCUCCUCCUCCCACCUGAGCCACCUCUGUGCCCAACACCUUCUUGCUACCUCCCUUACCAGUCCACAGCCACAUCAAUCUUGCUGAAGAAGAAGUGAGGCAAGAAUACCCAGCCUGCAGGUGUUUCUUCCAUCAGCCUGCAGAAAUGAUGCAUCUUCCCCUCAGGUAUCUGUUAAUAAAAUAAAUUGCCAUGCUCAGUGCUGGGAUGGUGAGCCUGAUCCAGAGUGAGAAUGAGCAGACGGAAGUGGGAGAGAGAGUUUUCCUGAGCACUCCUCAUUAAGAAAGGUCCAAAUUCACCAAAAAUGCAUCGGGAGCCUUUGAAGAAUUUCUUUGGAUGAAUGGUAAGCCCUGUCCUCCUUGCUGAGAGCCUUGUGUCUGAGGUGGACCUUUUGGGGGGCUCCAUGGUUGCCAUGUGUCUGCCCAACAUCAAUCCUGGCUAGACUCCAGGCAUAACAUUUCAUUUUGCCAGUUCGUUCUCUACCCUCUCUAAGAAUGUGAUCCAAGACUUUGCCUCACUUGCUCUUUCUGAGUUAGGUCCCAGGAAUGAGCUUUGGAAGAGGAGUAUGGGGCAGGGGUGGAAGAAGAAUGAGGUCUGAAGUCAAGAGCCUGCUUCACAAUGUUGAUUCAGCUUUGCUCUAUGAAGUCCUAAUGGGAUGAAUUUCUGGCCCCAGGGAUGUCAGGAGAUUCUGAGAUAAUUGAAGCCUACACUAUUCCUCACUUAAUUAUCCAAAACACUGAAUGGAAAAUCCAUUUGCAUCCAGCUGUGAAACACACACAUACAUAACACCUUCAUCUCCACUUAUGCCUGGUUUUCAAAGACUCCUGGUGUAGAGUUCUUAGUGAGUUGAGGCCUACCUGGAUGGCAGAAGGAAGCCGUGAUUACAACUAGGGAGAUUAGUAAAAAAUUAACCCUCCUGGGGCACCUGGCUGGCUGUCAGUGGAGCAUGCGACUCUUGAUCUUGGGGUUGUGAGUUUGAGCCCCACAUUGGGUGUAGAGAUUACUUUUAAAAAAAUCCACUCUCCCUUUGCCAGCCCUUUCCCAACACCAUUUAGAAGUCUCAAAAAGGACUGAUUCAAGGCCAGUUUUUCCAUUGUCAUUAUCAGUUUGCUAUAGAUUAUAGCCUGGACCACACAAAAGAUGUAAGACUUUAAGACUUUCUGAAAUGGGGCUUUCUAAAACCUCGAUGUCUUUCCCUUUUUCUCCCUAGUCACCAGCCCCAGCCAGUCAAGGUUCCUAAGCUGAUAAAAAGGAAUUCUUUUAAUAAGGUGAAGUCAGAAUUAUUUGUCUUUCUAGGGGACAAUUUGGUGUCCACAUCCUUAAUCCUAGACAUAGUUUCAGCUUCAUGAGCAUGCAAUCUGUGUAAUCUCACAUGGCUCCACACUUAGAAGGGCCCUAUACUUGGUUAAUGCUCUGUUGUCACCCUCUUGAAAUUCUGGACAUUUUUUGAACAAGGAGCCCCGCAUUUUCAUUUUGCACCCACCACAUUAUGUAGCCAGUCCUGCUACUGGCUUCAACAGGUCUGAGUUAUCCAAUGAGAAGGCAAAAUGGCAGGCCCCAUGCACCGCCUGCCUAUUCACCCAUAGGGUUUUGCAGAACAACUGUCUGCUGAACAAAAAAUGCUUGUGACAGACCUUGCCCCUGUGGAUUGGCAGUAGACUAAAACAGGUCCACAGACAGCUGGCCUGAAUUAAGUGCCACUAAUAAAAAGUGUCAUUAGUUGAGAAGGAAAUGCCCUCGCACCAGCUGGGAGGAUCAAGUCCCCUUCUUCAGAGGAGGUGAUAUUUGAGAUGGCAAGGAAAGAUAAAUACAAUUUUGAAUUGUUUUUUAAAAGAUUUAUUUUAUUUUAGACGGGUGGGAAGAGGGGCAAAGGGAGAGGGAGAAGAGAAUCCUCAAGAAGACUGCCGGCUGAGUGUGGAGCCGGAUGCAGGGCUCGAUCCCACAACCCUGAGACCCUGAGACCAGACCUGAGCUGAAACCAAGAGUCGGGUGCCUAACCAACUGAGACACCCAGGUGCCUUACAAUAAAUAUGACUUUUUAAAGCGGAUAUGAGGUGUGGUACUGAGGCUUACUGGUCUGGAAGAAGACAAAAACAAUCCCAAACAUGGUCAAAAAGCAAAGCCGAGUCCAAUCUGGAUAGUUCCAAAAGGAAAAUUGGGAGGUGACAAUGAGAAGGUGGUGUGUGAGACCAGACCAUAUUGGAGACCCCAGCGCCCUUGUUUAUAUCACCAGUAUUGCGUUCCUCGUGAUGGUGAACUUGUUUACGUGGCUGUCUCUCCACAGGGCUAUACCAUGUCUUUACAUCUUUUUUUUAUAUAUUUUUUUAUUUUUCUUUACAUCUUUAUAUCCCCUGCUUUUAGCCUAGUGCCUAGGACAUGAUAAAAAUUCGGUAAAUAUUUGCUGAAUGACUGAAUAUUGAGGAUCUAAAAUGUUAUCCUGGGAAGUGUUUACAGAAUUCAGUGGAAAACCAACAGAGAUUUUGAGUGGGGGAUUUGAGCAUUAGAAAAUCGAAUCUGGGGCAGCCUGGGUGGCUCAGCGGUUUAGCGCCGCCUUCAGCCCAGGGCAUGAUCCUGAAGUCCCGGGAUUGAGACCCGCGUCUGGCUCCCUGCAUGGAGCCUGCU